AUGGACAAAUCAUGGAUGCAUGCUGAUAGGAGAUCGCGAGCUUUUGAGUUAGGAGUUGAAGAAUUGAUUAUGUUUGCAUUAGAGAGUGGUUGUGAUGUCAAUAAGGUUUGCUGCCCUUGUAUGAGAUGUGGUCAUGGUAAAUCUUGGAAGGCUAGGGUAGUAAGGGAUCAUUUGGUUGAGUUUGGUAUUGAUAAAACUUACACAAAAUGGAUAUGGCAUGGGGAACUCUCGUCAAAUGAGAGUAGCGAACCCGAAGGGAAUUCUGAAACUGUAGAAAUGGCAGGUAAUGACACUGUGGGGGGGUCUGAUGAUCAUGAGUUUUCAGUAGACUCUGAUGAGUUUUUAAGGUUUGUUGAGGAUGGCGACAAACCUCUUUACCCUGGCUGUACGCGUUUUACCAAGUUAAAUGGACUUGUUAAAACUUACAACCUCAAAGCAAAGCAUGGGUUGAGUGAUGCUUGCUAUUCUGACAUGUUGAUAUUGAUUGGAAUAUUGCUUCCAGAAGGUAAUGAAGUGCCAAGUUCUUUUUAUGAGGCCAAAAAGAGUUUGUGUGCGUUGGGAAUGAAUUAUGAAAAGAUACAUGCGUGUCCUAACGACUGUAUCUUAUACAGGGAUAGUAAUGUUGAUGCCACUAGCUGCCCUACUUGUGGUCUCUCUAGGUGGAAGUUGGGAAAGAAUAAAGUAGAAAAAGUUGGGGUUCCAGGGAAAGUGUUGUGGUAUUUUCCACCUAUACCUAGAUUUAGAAAGAUGUUUCAGUCGACUAGUACAGCUAAAAGCUUGACAUGGCAUGCUGAUGAGCGACUGAAGGAUGAUAAAAUGAGGCAUCCGGCUGACUCCCCUACUUGGAAGUUAGUGGACGAUAAGUGGCCUGCUUUUAGUUCAGAGCCUAGGAAUCUAAGGCUAGCGCUGUCGUCUGAUGGUUUCAAUCCCCACAGUUCCCUUUCUAGUAGAUAUUCUUGUUGGCCUGUCAUACUAGUAACCUACAAUCUUCCCCCAUGGCUCUGCAUGAAGAGGAAGUACAUGAUGCUCACCUUGUUAAUCUCUGGACCUAAACAGCCUGUAAAUGACAUUGAUGUCUAUCUCCAGCCCUUGAUAGAUGAUUUGAAGAUUUUGUGGGAUGGGGUUGAAGGGGUAUAUGAUGGUUAUAGAAAAAAGUACUUCAAACUUAAAGCAGUGCUCUUUUGGACAAUUAACGACUUCCCUGCAUAUGGGAAUUUGUCAGGCAGCAUUGUGAAAGGGUACAAUGCUUGUCCUGUUUGUUUACAGCAUACCAAACCUCAUAGGCUGGCUCAUGGUCAAAAGAUGUCGUAUAUGCGGCAUCGGAGAUUCUUACCACGUUACCAUCCUUAUCGAAAACAGGCAGCAGUUUUCGAUAACACUGAAGAACGUGAUCUCGCUCCUAUUCCAUUAAGUGGACAUGAGGUGCUGCAAAGAGUAGAAGGUAUGAACUGGCCUUUUGGUAAAAAGCACCCUCAUCCUCCAUAUAAGGGUGCUGAAGAUGAGAGUAGACCAUGUUGGAAGAAGAAAUCUGUUUUCUUCGAACUUGAGUACUGGAAGUUUCUUCCCGUUCGACAUAAUCUUGAUGUAAUGCACAUCGAGAAAAAUGUUUGCGAUGCAUUAAUCGGUACAUUGUUGAAUAUUCCUGGGAAAACCAAAGAUGGGGUGGCUGCUCGUUUAGAUAUGGUGGCAAUGGGUAUAAGGGCUGGUUUGAAGCCUAAAAUUGGGGGGAAAAAAGAGAAAUUACCUUUGGCAAGCUAG